AAACAGAGUCCUCCUCCUCCAAAUACUUUUGUUUAAAAAAGGAAACCCCCAGAGACAGAGAGAAACCAAGUGCACCAAAAAUCCUCUGUUUUAGUUUUCUAAAAAUUCAAAAUCUCUUUGAUCUCCUCGACAGAUCUCUUCUUCUUUGUAUAUAGUAAGAGGUAUAACCGUCGUCAUCUUUUUUUAUCUCUCUCUCUCUCUCUCUCUACCCUUUUUGGAUAUUGAUGUUUUAUCUGUUACAGCUUCUGUUACUAUUUUUAAAAAUCUCUCAGAAAAGUUUCUCUCUUUUAUUGGAAUCAAACCUUGCGUAACACUUGAAGGGCUCCCUUAGGGUUUUUGUCGAUUCCUUUCUUUUACGACUUCGUCUUGCACCAUUGCUUGUUUUUGGCAAUGGGAGCAAUUUAGGUCUCAAAGUUUUGAUUUUUACUUGCGCUUUUUUUUUUUUCCUUCAGAGGAGAUAUUUAUCAUCCCUUGAGAGACGUUUUUGACUCAUUCUUCAAGAGAUGUCAGGUUGUGAAGAAACAAGAGAGAAACUAUCAGAUUCUGAGUGUAUAGAGGAUGAGCCAAGGCGUUCUAGAAUUGGGAAUUUGAGAAAGAAGGCUAUUAGUUGUUCUAGUAAACUUACACAUCCUUUGAAGAGGAAAGGCAAACGUAAAAUCGAUUACUUGAUCCCUUUGAUUGAAGAUGUUAGGGAUGAGGAAGAAGAGAAGAUUGUUUCUCAAUUGCGUCAAGAACUUCUCAAGAAAGAUUUGUUGCCUCCUAGGCAUGAUGAUUACCAUAUGUUGUUAAGGUUUCUAAAAACAAUGGACUUCAAAAUUGACAAGACUGUCACGGCAUGGGAACAAAUGCUUAAAUGGAGGAAAGAUUUUGGAACCGAUCACAUUAUACAGGACUUUAAUUUUAAAGAGUUGGACAAAGUGACAAGGCACUAUCCUCAAGGGUAUCAUGGAGUUGAUAAAGAUGGGAGACCUAUUUAUAUAGAGAGACUUGGGAAAACUCAUCCUGGUAAGCUUAUGGAGGUUACUACCAUAGAGAGAUACUUGAAGUAUCAUGUACAAGAAUUUGAGAGGACCAUUCAAGAGAAGCUCCCUGCGUGUUCAGUUGCAGCAAAGCGACGAGUCACUACAACGACUACAAUACUUGAUGUUGAAGGCCUGGGUAUGAAGAACUUUACUCCUACAGCUGCAAAUCUCUUGGCUAGCAUUGCAAAAGUAGAUUGCAAUUAUUACCCUGAGACUUUGCACCGAAUGUUCAUUGUCAAUGCAGGGAUUGGUUUUAGGAAUAUUCUUUGGCCUGCCGCACAGAAGCUUGUUGAUCCGAUGACUAUUGCAAAGAUACAAGUUUUGGACUCAAGAUCCUUGUCUAAGUUACUUGAAGUGAUUGAUUCCAGUCAACUUCCAGAAUUCUUAGGAGGCUUAUGCAAAUGUCCUAACGAAGGAGGGUGCUUGAGGUCUAACAAAGGACCCUGGAAAGAUCCUGAAAUAGUUGAGCUCGUACAUGACAUGGAAGUAAAUCCUAUACCGCAAACUACAAAAACUCCUCUGCAUAUAAGAGAUCAUGAUUCUACCACUCACAUGAUCCCGCCUAAAGAAUAUUAUAACGAAACUUUAAAAGAAGAGCCAGAGUCUGAAGAACAUUACUAUUCCAGUACUGGGUCAAGAUCUUCAAUGUACACUUGUUUAGUUCCUCCACUCUCUGAUAAGGCUAGUACAUCAGACGGUGAUAAAUUCAUUACCACCGUGGAAUCUAUAGAACCAGCUCAAGGAGAACGGUCUCAAACCCAAACACAUAACAGGAACACUGAUAGUUCUUCUUUUGCCAAUACAUCCAGAAGAGAAGGUGGUCAGAUUUUACGGUUUGGUGCACUUAGAGAGAAAAUCAACGGCGAGAACAUCUUCCUCUUUGUGAAAAUACUACUAGCCUUUCCACUGAAGCUAUUUGCUCUCUUUGCUUUCUUAUUGCCUGGAUACUGGCAAAGACAGAACAAUAAUGUAGUCGUCGUCCCAGCAGAAUCAUCGAUAAACAACCCGGUUCUUGAGUGUUUAGAUCGUCUAAAGAAGAUGGAGAAAAAGUUCACAGAGAUUAGUAGAAAACGUGUAAAAAUCCCGGAAGCAAAUGAGAAGCUAUUAACGCAAUCACUAGAGAGGAUCAAGUCUCUAGAACUUGAUCUCGACAAAACCAAAUCAGUAUUACACUUAACAUUAACAAAACAAGUUCAGAUAACAGAACAGCUUGAAUCUCAUUACCAAGAACGAGGAACAGGAUGCUGUUUCUGAAGCUUUUGGUAUUUGCAAUGAGAUAGAAAAUUCUAUAAGCUGACAGAGACCUUUGGGGUUUUGUAUGUUUCUUCUUCUUUAUAUCCCUUGUAAAAAAAAACACAAAAUAUAUCUAAAAUUUUCGAGUGAGGGAGGCGACUAAUAAUAUCACGUAUAUGUU